AUGGCCGACGUUGAGAAGAAGGCCCGUGUGUCGGGUGAACAGGCCAGAGUUAAUGAGCCCGAAGCCCCUACUGCUUCAGCGAGCAUCCUCCCGACAACAGAGAAGCCCCAGCCUCCUAAACCCACACUGCACCCGGCCGUCUACGUAGUAACAUGGAUUGGCUUCAGCGGAGGUGUGAUCUUGUUCAAUAAAUGGUUGUUGGAUACACUUGGAUUCAGUAUGCUUCCCAAGAUCGCAGCAUGGGCGCACAUGCUCUUUGCAACUUUCAUGACACAGCUCCUCGCGAGGACCACGACCCUCCUCGAUGGACGCAAAACCGUCAAAAUGACCGGCAAGGUCUACCUCCGCGCUAUUCUCCCAAUCGGUUUCUUCUUCAGCUUGAGCUUGAUUUGCGGAAAUCAAGCAUAUCUCUACCUGAGUGUUGCCUUCAUCCAGAUGCUGAAGGCGUGCAUGCCGGUUGCGGUUCUGCUGACCACCUGGGCCAUGGGUGUCUCCCCUCCGAGCUUGAAGACCUUGGGCAACGUCUCGUUCAUCGUCAUCGGCGUGGUCAUUGCCUCAUAUGGCGCGAUCGAAUUCAACUUGACCGGUUUCAUGUACCAGGCUGGCGGUAUCACUUUCGAGGCCACCCGUUUGGUCCUGGUCCAGCGUCUCCUCAGUUCGGCCGAGUUCAAGAUGGAUCCCUUGGUAUCCCUCUACUACUUUGCGCCCGUGUGCGCCGUCAUGAAUGGUGUGACCGCCAUGGUGCUUGAGAUACCCAAAAUGAGCAUGCAGAACAUCUAUGAUGUCGGUAUUUUCAUGCUGGUGGCUAAUGCAAUGGUCGCAUUCCUCCUCAACGUCUCAGUUGUGUUCCUCAUUGGAAAGACGUCAUCACUGGUCCUCACUCUCUGUGGCAUUCUGAAGGAUAUCCUGCUUGUGGCGGCAUCCAUGAUGAUCUGGGGCACCCCCGUCACCAACACCCAAUUCUUCGGUUAUUCGAUUGCACUUGGGGGUCUCCUGUACUACAGACUGGGAGCGGAGCAACUCAAGCAGUACAUGGGCCAAGCUGGUCGAACAUGGUCCGAAUUCGGUGUCCAGAAGCCGGCAAUGCGAAAGGCAGUCAUCUUCGCGCUAGUCAUUCUUACCAUAUUCCUUCUCCUUGGCGGAUUGGCUCCAACAUACGCGCCUGCACAAACGAAGAACCUGACAGACAUGUUCAGCACAGGUCUUGGAUCAUGA